UUUCAUCACAGCAUCAAAGCAUCACUUCUUUCUUUCCACUACAACCAAGGAACAGCCAUUCUCAUACCUUUUUCAUUCUCUCAGCUCUCCUACUAUCUCUCCAGCUAUCUUCCGAAAUGCCUUCUCUUUCAUCUAUGCUCCUGGCAUCUGCCCUGGUCUGCUUCACUGUUGCAUCGCCUGUCAUCGAUCGACGACAUUCGGAAUGCCCCGCCAGUACGACAUUCUACAAGUGCAGGUCUAGAGCUGGUAUUCAAUUUGAGGGCUGCUGCAGUCAAGACGCGUGCACUCUAGGUUUCUGCCCUGAUACUCAGUAUCCCCCCUCAGCUACAGUCACUCCUUCUACUCCUUCGGCAACACCGGCACAGACAUCCAUUCCAUCCUCGACACCAACGGCACUUCCUGCUACAGAAUGCAUACCUGGAGCAAACUUUACCCAAUGGGAACCCAAAAUGUACAACGUGUACCCGAACGCCACCGAAUCGAAAUACACCAAUCUUACGGAUACCUUCCUCAUCACUCAAGAGACCGGUGCCGCGAACAAGCGGGACGCGAUUGUCGUCUUCUCCAACAUCAACGCCACCGACAACGCAGAGUGUGAACUGCAAUGGUACCAGCCCCUCGCAGGAUCGAACUUCGGAUACUUCAAUUCGGGCAUGAUGACUUGGUACCAGCUGGACAUUCCUGAAGAAAAGUCAUUCGAUGAAUUCAUUGGCAACAUCGAUGAACUGAGCUAUGAUACUGUCAGGGAUGUCAUCGGUGACCGUGUCGGUCAGCCUGAUAUUUCUUUCUGGCCCCAGUCCCCGAGCUUGAUGGAUCACUUGGUUACAACUUUGCCUUGCAAGAAGGAGUUGGCCUUCUACGCUACUGUUGCUGGAGACACAGAAGGCAUUGUGAUAAUGGAGUCCACUCCUUUCACCGAGAAUAUUGGGCCCCUGGGUUGGAACUUGAAGUACACAUGCUAGGUCGAAGGCAACGAGUAACCUUGCCUCAACCAUGCGUGUUGCAUUCACUGUGCUGCAUUUCCGGCGUUUCACGACCUGUAUUUCCUUGCCUUCUUCAAGAGAGCAUAACUCGAUCAUAGACCAUUAAUCAUAUAAUCUUAUAGUUCAUCCACAAAAUGAC